AUGGAGAAACCAUCCUCAAUGAAACAAUGGAAGAAAGGUCCAGCUCGUGGUAAAGGCGGUCCACAAAACGCUCUCUGCCGUUACCGUGGAGUGAGACAAAGAACAUGGGGCAAAUGGGUAGCUGAGAUCAGAGAGCCCAAGAAGAGAGCAAGACUCUGGCUAGGCUCUUUUGCUACUGCUGAAGAAGCAGCCAUGGCUUAUGAUGAAGCCGCGUUGAAACUAUAUGGUCCUGAAGCUUAUCUCAACUUACCUCAUCUUCAGCAAAGGAAACAACAACAAGGAGUGCCUCCUGUUAACAACACUCAGAGGUUUAAAUGGGUUCCUUCAAAGAAGUUUAUCUCUAUGUUCCCUUCUCGUGGUUUGCUUAAUGUGAAUGCUCAGCCUAGUGUUCAAGUUAUCCAGCAAAGACUAGAUGAGCUUAAGAGAAAUGGGCUUUUGUCUCAGUCCUAUUCUUCUAGCUCUUCCUCCACUGAGUCCAAAACUAAUACUACUAGCAAGGGAGAAGCAGAUAAGGUGUUGGAAGGUGAUGGUGAUGAUAAGAAGAAACCAGAGAUUGACUUGAAUGAGUUUCUUCAGCAGAUGGGGAUCUUGAAGGAUAAGAGUGAAGCAGAAGCAAGGGAAGUAGUAGAGUCUAAUCCCACACCGCCAUGGAACGAGCAAGAAGAAGGUGGAAGUCCUUUCACAGCUCAGAGUUUAAACUGGGAGACGAUGAUUGAGAUGCCAGGAAGUGAAACCUUAUCUAUGCAGUUUGAUUAUGAUUUUGAGGAUGAUCUAGGUUUUUCUUCUAUCUGGAACUUCUGUGGAAGCCUAGAUGAGUGAGAAGUACUUACUGUAGAUCAUAUUCAGAGUUUAGAGUAGUGUGUUUUGGAAUAGUGUAGCUGCAUGAGUAGAGAGGUUUGCUCAGACUCAGAGUGCAGUCUGU